CGGAGACUGGGAAAGUGGACCUGUGAUUGGCGGAGACUGGAGAGGACGGGACGUGGAACUGAAGCGGCGAAAAUGAGAUUGAAUAUUGAUGGAUUGUUGGUGCAUUUCCCUUACGAUUUCAUCUACCCUGAGCAGUAUUCCUACAUGUUGGAGCUGAAGAGGAUUCUUGAUGCUAAGGGACAUGGGGUCUUGGAAAUGCCAUCGGGCACGGGGAAGACUGUGUCACUGCUUUCACUGAUUGUGGCCUAUCAGAUGAUGUAUCCAACAGAAGUGACUAAGCUGAUCUACUGCUCCCGAACAGUUCCUGAGAUCGAGAAGGUCAUUGAGGAGCUUCGGAAGCUGCUCAAUUAUUACGAGAAACAGUCUGGCGAGAAGAUCCAGUUCUUGGCUCUGGCUCUGAGCUCCAGGAAGAAUCUCUGCAUCCACCCAGAGGUCAGUUCUCAGAGGUUUGGAAAGGAGGUUGAUGGCAAAUGUCGCAGCCUGACUGCAUCACACAUCAGAAUGCAGCACUCCAGCAAUCCUGCUGUGCCCAUCUGCCAGUUCUAUGAGGAGUUUGAUCUCCAUGGGAAACAAGUGCCGCUAACUUCUGGAAUUUAUAACCUGGAUGACUUGAAAGUUUAUGGGAAGCAGAAGGGAUGGUGUCCAUAUUUCUUGGCCAGAUAUUCUAUUCUGCAUGCGAACAUCAUUGUGUACAGUUAUCACUACCUACUGGACCCCAAGAUUGCAGACCUGGUCUCCAAGGAGCUGUCACGGAAAUCUGUGGUGGUAUUUGAUGAGGCUCACAAUAUUGACAAUGUAUGCAUUGACUCAAUGAGUGUGAACAUUACCCGACGUAUGUUAGACCAAUGUCAGAACAACAUUGAAACAAUACAAAAGACCAUCCAACAUAUAAAGGAAACAGAUGCUGCCAAACUGAAAGAAGAAUACAGACAGUUGGUGGAGGGACUGAAAGAAGCUCACAUUGCCAGAGAAACAGAUGUCUAUUUAGCCAAUCCUGUAUUGCCAGACGAAAUUCUACAAGAGUCUGUUCCUGGUAAUAUUCGCACAGCUGAACAUUUUGUUGGGUUUAUGAAGCGAUUUGUGGAGUAUCUGAAGUCCCGCCUCCGAGUACACCAUGUGGUAGCUGAGAACCCACCCUCUUUCUUGAAGGACGUCUUUGAUAAAGUCUGCAUUGAACGCAAACCUCUCAGGUUCUGCUCAGAGAGGUUGCGGUCUUUGCUGCAGACACUGGAAAUUGCCGAUCUCAGCAACUUUUCACCUAUUAUACUUGUCUCGAACUUUGCUACAUUGGUCAGCACUUACGCCAAAGGUUUCACCAUCAUCAUGGAACCUUUUGAUGACAAAACUCCAACGAUUAUUAAUCCAGUACUUCACUUCAGCUGCAUGGACCCAUCCAUUGCCAUCAAGCCUGUGUUUGAGCGAUUCCAAUCUGUGAUUAUCACCUCAGGGACCUUGUCUCCACUCGACAUGUACCCAAAGAUCCUCGAUUUCAGACCCGUUAUCAUGGCAACGUUUACUAUGACCUUGUCAAGAACCUGCCUUUGUCCACUGAUUGUGGGACGAGGCAAUGACCAGGUGACGAUCAGCUCCAAGUUUGAAACGAGAGAGGAUAUCGCUGUGAUCCGUAACUAUGGUAACCUGUUGCUGGAGAUGUCAGCCGUUGUCCCAGAUGGAAUUGUGUCUUUCUUCACUAGUUACCAUUACAUGGAGAACAUCGUAGCCUCCUGGUAUGAGCAGGGAAUUCUAGAAAAUAUUCAACGUAACAAACUUAUAUUUAUUGAAACUCAGGAUGCUGCAGAGACCAGUGUGGCCCUGGAGAAAUACCAGGAGGCAUGUGAGAAUGGACGAGGGGCCAUCCUACUGUCGGUCGCCAGAGGAAAGGUCUCCGAGGGGAUAGAUUUUGUCCAUCAUUAUGGGAGAGCAGUCAUUAUGUUUGGUGUUCCCUAUGUCUAUACUCAGAGCAGGAUUCUGAAGGCCCGCUUAGAAUAUACCCGGGAUCAGUUCCAAAUCCGGGAGAAUGAUUUCCUGACGUUUGAUGCCAUGAGGCACGCUGCUCAAUGUGUAGGAAGAGUCAUUCGAGGAAAAACUGAUUACGGGCUCAUGAUUUUUGCAGACAAGGUAAUUUGA